AUGGCAACGGAGGACGCUACAGCGAUCCAGGGGCCCCAGGACCAUCCCUACAGGAACCGGAAGGGCGCGGGCCUGCGACUGGGGACGAACUACGCAGCUGCGCAGACGCCGUGGGGAGUACCGCGAGUUCUCCGCGGCCGAGCCCGGAUGCUGACCGGGCGCUGUCCUAGCCCGGCCGCGCCAGGUGGACGCCGGGGCGGGCCGAGGGCGGUGAGUGAGGCGAGCGGCAGCCGUCCGGCCGGGCUCUUAACGAGUGCCCGCGGCUCCCACCGCACGGCCGCGCAGGCGGGGCGCGGGCCGGGGCUGGGCGCGCACUGGGACCACCGAGAGCGAGGCCUCCGCGCCGCCCAGAGGGCCCCGGAAGUGGCUCUGCCGACUAGGGCCGGGGCGGAAGCGCGGUCGCGGGGGCGUCGGUGGGCGUGCGCCGCCCGCCGGCGUCGCCGGGGUUGGCUCGUCCGCACCGUGUGCUUCACGGCUCGCCCUUCCGUUCCUCCCGCCCUUCGUUCCCUGGGCCGCGCCGGCCUGCCUGCCUCCGUUCGUUCUUCAUUCAGUCGGACGUCCUCCCGGCGCUGCUUCGGGGCCAGGCAGGUUCCCGCUUCCGAGCCUUUGCGUGUGCCCUCCGCGCGAGCGUCCCGCCUCCGCCCUCACUUGCCCGGGGUGCUCCGAGCCCAGCGCUUCCUGAGGCCACAGCCCCCGCUGGGCAUCUCCUGCGCCGCGUCCCUCCCCGUCUCAGUAUUUUUCCAUCCAGCGCCCAAUAGGUCCAGAGAAGUGCCUGGGGACAUGCGGCUGCCCUGCCUGGGAAGGGGCAUGCUGGCUGCCCAGAUGAGCAAGCGCUUCUGGGGGUUCUACUACGAGGAGGAAGAGGGUCCCCGUGAGGCCCUGGCCCGGCUCCGGGAGCUGUGCCGCCAGUGGCUGCGGCCCGAGGCGCACUCCAAGGAGCAGAUGCUGGAGCUGCUGGUGCUGGAGCAGUUCCUGGGCGCGCUGCCCCCCGAGAUCCAGGCCCGUGUGGAGGGACAGCGGCCAGGCAGCCCUGAGGAGGCCGCUGCCCUGGUCGAGGGGCUGCGCCAGGAGCUGGCCAGGCCAGAACUCCAGGUGGUCCUCACUUCUCUGGUGCUUUAUGACCCCAAGGGGGAGCAAGGAGAUAAAAGCCAAGUCUUGGAGCUGCUUUGUGCAGAGUUGGAGAUCAAGGCCCCGUGGGAGGCUACUGCAGAUAAGAGGACAGAAGCAAGGUCCAGUCCCCAGGACAACCUGGUGCCAAGCCCCUUGCCUCUCCCCAGGGAGCCGGCCUGCCGGUGCAGUGAGUGUGGCAAGGCGUUCAGCCAGAGUUCCUACCUGGUGCGGCACAGGCGAGUGCACACGGGCGAGAAGCCAUACACGUGCACCGAGUGCGGCAAGGCCUUCACCUGGAGCUCCAACCUCAGCCAGCACCAGCACAUCCACACAGGCGAGAGGCCCUACGUGUGCCGGGAGUGUGGCAAGGCUUUCCACGUGCGCUCGCAGCUCAUCCACCACCAGAAGACACACGGUGCCGUGAAGCCCUUCCGCUGCCCAGACUGUGGCAAGGCCUUUGGCCGCAGCACUACACUGGUGCAGCAUCGGCGCACGCACACGGGUGAGAAGCCCUAUGAAUGCUCCGAGUGUGGCAAAGCCUUCAACUGGAACUCCAACUUCCUGGAGCACCGGCGUGUGCACACGGGUGCACGGCCCCACACCUGCUCUGCCUGCAGCAAGGCCUUCAGCCAGAGCUCCAAUCUGGCGGAGCACCUGAAGAUCCACGCGGGCACACGGCCGCACGCAUGCUCCGAUUGUGGCAAGGCCUUCCUGCGCGUGGCGGGCCUGAGGCAGCACCGGCACACACACAGCGGCGAGAGGCCCUUCGCCUGCGCCGAGUGUGGCAAGAGCUUCCGCGAGAGCUCGCAGCUGCUGCAGCACCAGCGUAGGCACACGGGCGAGAAGCCCUUCGAGGGUGCUGAGUGCGGCCAAGCCUUCAUCAUGGGCUCCAUUCCAGCCGAGCACCAGCGCAUACACACCGGCGAGAAGCCCCACGUGUGCUCCCAGUGUGGCAAGGCCUUCAGCCAGCGCUCCAACCCGCUCAGCCACAAGCGCAUCCACUCUGGUGCCAAGCCCUAUGCCUGUGCCGACUGCCACAAAGCCUUCAAGGGCAGCUCGGGCCUGGCACAGCACGGCGAGCGGCCCUACGCCUGCCGCGACUGUGGCAAAGCCUUCCGCGGCAGCUCGGAGCUGCGCCAGCACCAGCGCGUGGACUCCGGGGAGAAGCCGUUCGUCUGCGCCGAUUGCGGCAAGGCUUUUGUGCGCAACUCCGAGCUCGUGAGCCACCGGCGCACGCACACGGGCGAGCGGCCCUAUGUGUGUAGUGUGGGCAGCAAGCCCUUCAGCCACCGCUCCAACCUCAAUGAACACCAGAAGCGACACGCGGGCGGUGCCGUGCCCCGACUCUGGGAUGCCCCUGGGAGAUGGUCUCUCACUGGGCCCAGCAACCGAGGGAGCCGUAGUAUUCCAAGACCCGGCGAACCUGUGGGCAGAGGCCGAAUCGUUGCUGGAGCCCUGGGCCAACUUGACACUGACAUGCCAGGCCCGCCUGAUGACCGCGGAUUUUGAGCUGUUCAAGGAUGGGGUAACCCAGGAACUUGUGCACCUUGAUUACCUGCCAUGGAGCACCAGUUCCCGCUAGGAGCAGUGACAAGUGACACCCGAGGCCUCUACCGCUGCCGCUCUGGCUUGAACAGCGGAUGGACCCAGUUGAGCACCUCCUGGAGGUGACUGGAGCAGAGUCCCUACCCCCACCUUUGCUCUCAACUGAGCCUGUGUCCUGGAUCACACCGGGUCUGAAGAUGAAACUGCUAUGCCAUGGGGGAUUUCGUGGUGUGACCUUCCUGCUGAGGCGGGAAGGCGAUGAUCAGUUUUU